AUGGAUUGCAGUUAUAAUGAGAAAGAGUUGCCAACGAUUGACACGUUUGACGAUUUGGUCAAAAAUUUGCGGAUUAUUUUCGAGAGCGACGACAUUGAUGUCGAUUAUGUCCAGAACCUAUUGCUUUCAUAUAAGAGUAAUCCCAUUGAAUGGAAAAAAUACGCGCAUUUCGACAAAAAUAAUCUACAUAGAUAUGCUGAGCACUUGUUUUCAGUCUGCAAACGUCUGAAUUCUGUUGGGGAGGAGUUUUCAGACCAGGCUAACAUUAAACAAACUCAAACCAAGAUAUCCGACCGACCGCUGCUCAUGGAGUUAAUCAAUAGGACACUCAUGGAGUUUGACGCGCCCUCCGAAUCACUGGCAGGCAUUCCCUCCAAGAACUUCAUUUGGUUCGACUUCGGGAGCCUAAGGCCGGCGCCCACUGACAGGGAAAGCAAACGCCGGUACGAAGACUUCAAGUGGCGGCUCCGGUACGAGCACCGGGAUGUCAACGUAUUCAUGGCCACUCUUAAUAAAGAGGACUUUAAGGACCUGUUAAGUAGGGAUGAGAAUUGGAUCCAAAUGGGAAUGGGAUCAGAUUCAUCAGACAUGAAGUCCGUUGAUUUGAUGAAUAAAAUAACACAAACACCGCAAGUGUUUCAAUACGGAGACUGUCGGCGCCAGAAGUCUAGCAAUGAGGUCUACGAGGGGUACCUCACACCAGGGUAUAAACAGUACUGGGCUAUGUAUCCCCGACACUUCAUCAAGAGUUAUUCCAUAGACCUCCGAUUCAAAGCGGAUAAGACUCGGCUCAGGGUAUGUGUCGAUCGGUUCCCAAUCGCCGAGAAUAAUGAGAAGCACUGCAAUGAGGCUCAAGAGGAUGGCGGCGAAGUGAAGUUCACGAUCACCGACCCCUGUAGGGGCAAGAGUUUUGAGUCCUGUCCCGGCAUUCACGUCACUGUCGGACUCAGCUCGCAGGCAAUCACAGCCGUCAGCGCCGGUAAUGAUUGUAAAGAUGUGAGGUGUCGAUCACCCGAUCAAAUCAAGUGGACGCUCACCCACUCGGAUGUGAGGUGUCGAUCACCCGAUCAAAUCAAGUGGACGCUCACCCACUCGGGUAUAUCGUGUAGUGGUGGCCGUACAGUAGUGGCCAACUGGACCUUUCAAAUCAUAUGUUUUGUGUUAUUUCUUACCCUAUUCUGCACUAAUGGUAAACGCAAUUAGUAUUUGGAUUAAUCGCAACAACAAUAGUAUUAAUAAAUUGAAUUUCUGUGAAUUAAUGCCAUUAUUAACAAACAUUUUAGACUAUUUUGCAUUUCUGGUGUGCCUUCACAUCUAUUUUUAC